GUACGUGUAAUUGAACGACAGCUCCAAUAUUUGAAAAUACGAAACGCCGUGUCGUCAAGCAAAUAAAGGAUAGGACCAUAAUAUUAAUAAUGGGCUCUGUCAAAAAUCAAGAUAAGGCGAAUACAACUUAGGGUUUUCAAUCGAAAUCGGAACGAUGAAAGGACACGGUGCAAUAGAGGCGGCGAAGACAGUCAUCGAGGUAGCUGAUGUGGCAUGGAAAGCCAUGGAAUUUACGCACCAUCAUCAAUUGCAUAAUGGAGAUCAUGAAGACCACACAAAACAUGUUUCAAUAGACGAGGAAUUGGAGUCAUUAAGAUCAGAGAACCGGCGUCUAAAAAACCAGCUUGAACAGAAUUUGAAGCUUCUUCAAAAUUUAUCUGAAUCUCCUUGCUUGUUAAACGAUUGCCCUCCUGAUCUAUACACCCGUCUAGUUGCUACUGUUGACUCUGAAAACUUCAUGGAGCGUCUUAAAUCCCUUCAGCAAGCAUCAGCCAACAAAACUAGCAUUGAAUUCCCUUUCAAGGAGCCUUCAGGGAAUGACAUUCAUUCUGCUGAAAUUUUAAUUAAUGUUUCCCACGAGGAACCUAGCUGGUGGGUGUGGGUAACAGAUGAAAUGGUUCCCAGCAAUGUCGAAGAACGAAGUGGAAUUGAUGAUGAAAAUUAUGUUGUGGUUACUGAGGAACAUGUGGUGGAUGGGGUUGCCAACUUUAUGGCUAAAUGCAUUCUGUCAAACCCAAAGGCUCAGGACAUGGCACCAGAAGAGCUACAGAAGAUUCUAGCAAAAGCAUUGGAAGGUGUGAGCAAAUUGGAGAAGGUACUAGAUAUUUGGCAUGCAGGACAAUUGUUUUAUACCCUUGCUACUUGGGGACUUGCGCUAUGGGGGUUGUAUCGGAGUCGAGCUGUACUAAAACUUGCUGCAAAGGGCGUCCACACAACCAGCAAGGCCGUUUUAAGGGUACUCUGAAGAAGGUUGUUGCUCUGAGCAAAAUAAUUUGUACAUAUGCAAAUGUAAACUAUCAUAUUUCAUUUUCUAUCAACACUUCCUAUUUCUGUAAACUCUUGUAAAUAUCAUUUGUUUGAAUUGCUAUGCUAUUCCAAUCAACAAUUGAAUUGAUUGGUUUAUUCUC